GUCGUUUUGGCCAUUGACAUUGAGCAAUCUUCGACGAGCCCCACGCAAAAGCUAAUCACACCUUGUGAAGCGAUCGUAGAUUUAGAACCAUGGCUGGGACUGCUCAAAAGCGAAAGCAACCGCCUGGAAGCAGCGGCACGAAAGCGACCGUUUUCCGUAAAUCAGCCAAAAAAGCGCGCCAAGACGCCAACUCGUCCUCGUCGAAGCGGUACGAAGACGAGGAAGAGGCGGGACGGUCCAAAGGUAAAGGACAGGUCAAGAAAAGCGAAACGAGCGGUGCAGCCAAGCGUGCCGCUGCUAAGGCCAAAGCUGCUGAGGAAGCCAAGCCGAAAAAGCCGGCAGUCAAGCUACCGAAUAGCUACACGGAUGUGAGAGCAAAGUCAAAAGCCCCGCAGGCAGGGUCGUACAACAAGGGCAAAGGAAAGGUAACCGAAUCUGCAGGAAAACCAAAAACUAAGCACGACUUUAUUCAAAAGAAGAAAGCCCAGGCUGCAGCUGCAACUGCUGCUGCAAAGAAGUGUGCUUCUCAAGCCGAGCAAAACAAGUCGAAGCAAAAGGCAAAGGAUUCGCAAAAGCGCACGGCUUCCCACGAGGACAUACCGGCGCUGGUUCCCACACCUCCACCAGCGACUUCGACUCUUCGCAUUGUUGCUGGAUCAUACGAGCGGCUUCUGUACGGGCUUGAUGCCUCCGUUACUGCGGGCACUGAAGGGCUACAGUUCACCUUUACGCCACACUUUAUCUUCCCCGCGCACAUUUCUUCCAUUCGCAGCGUCGCCUGCGCAGGCCAUGACUCCAAGUGGCUUGCCACCGGCGGCACGGAUGAAUCAAUCAAAGUGUGGGACUUGCGAAAGCGAAUCGAAGUUGGCACGUUGACCGGUCACGAAGGCACGAUCACUGCCUUACACUUUCCCACACGCACCUACCUACUUACGACUGGCCAAGACGGACGGAUCAACAUCUAUCGCUCGCGAGACUGGAGCCUGCUCAAGACGCUCAAAGGUCACGUCGGAUCUGUGAACGACGUCGCUGCGCAUCCCUCCGGACGCGUGGCGCUGAGCGUGGGCAAGGACAGGACGAUCAGGAUGUGGGAUCUGAUGCGCGGCGUCGGAGCUGCGAGCACCAAGAUUGGUGAGGAAGGCGAGCGCGUCACUUGGGAUAGCCACGGCAAUCGAUUCGCCGUACUUGCGGGCCCGCACCUGAGGGUGCAUGACACGCAGAUGAAGGUGCUCGGCGAGAUUACGGCCAAGGUCAGGUGGCACGACGUGCGCUUCUACAGCGUCAAGGCAAGAGAGCUGAUGUUCGUUGCUGGCGAGGACAAGAUGGUACAUGUCUACGAUGUCGCCGAGCCGUUCGAGGUGGAGGGAAUCCCGACUUUCAAGGAGAUUGCUAGACUUGUCGGCCACAACAACCGUGUGCGAACUGUCUGCGUACAGCCGGUCAAGCCUUCCGGCACAAACUCCAAUGAGGCCAAGGACACGCUAGCCGCAGUGACCAUCUCGUCAGAUGGCCUGAUUCGUGCGUUCGACCUCUCCCCGCUGGUCGCGGCGGUUGGUAGUUCACGUGCGGAUGAGACAGCAUCGCCGUUGGAGCUUCCAUCUGCCGCAUCGUACGACACUAAAGGUUCGCGCCUGACAUGUCUCAGUGUCGCUGGCGUGCUGGGAGCACCCUCUGCGAGCACCUCUGGUGUGAGCAAGGCUAGCAGCGGCGACCAGGCAGAUGAAGAGGACAACGAUGAAAAGGACGAAGAUUCCGCCGAAGAAGUUGACUUGGUAGACACCGACGAGUUCGUUCUAGAGGGCGCUUCCGAGGACGACGAGGAACCCGAUACGGACGCAGAAGAAGAAGAGCUCCGCGAGCUUCAAAAACAGAUCGACGAGGCGAAGGCAGCGGGUAUGCUUGAAGACGACACGGACGAAAGCGGCGACGAGGACGCGAGCGGCCAUGAUGACGAUGACACGGACGACGACGUUGCAAGCUUAGAAGCCGAGGGAGAAAAUGAGAGUGAGCCUGAGGACGCUUGAGGCUCAGUGCAGGGGUGUUUUCACAUACUGUAUCAAGCAUUUGGAAUUGGCCCAACACAUGCCGA